AUGAAAUUCGAAACAGCGUACGCGAACGGGGAAACGGGGGAAAGUAUAGCUGUCAAAAUCACAAGAUAUGGUGACGGCCAUACCUUUCAACUUCAAAGUAUGGGUGCCUGUCCACCUGUGGAGUGGCUAGACACGAGUAGUCGAGAUCGGCCUGCUGGUACAGCUCAGGUAACCCUAGCUUCGCAGGUAUCAACCCUUACGGUGCAAGUGAAGGAAACCAAGAGGGAUAAGCUGUCUACGUCAGAAAAAUGA